CCACAUAUUUAACUCCUUUUCCUUCCUCUCGUCUUAUUUUCCCUUCAACCAAACUCAUUUCCUCCAGAGAUGAGAGCGACGCAGCGAUUUAAAGUCAGCUCAUUAUCUUGGGCCAUGGAGUUGUGGAAUAUGACCGAUGUGCCAAGCGAGCCAUUCUCUGCUCUGUCGAACUGCACCGUGGACACCAGCUACCGCUUCACCUUCUACCAAGUGUCCUACGGCGUCAUCUUCCUGCUGGGGCUGGCCACCAACGGCCUGGCUCUGCGCAGACUGUGUCUAUCUCCCGGCACCAUGAACAGCACCGCCGUUUACAUGGUCAGCCUGUCAGUUGCCGACUUGUUUUUCGUAAUCUCUCUGCCCCUGAGGAUCUACUACUACCGCCAAAAGGCCGGAGCCUCGUCCUCCAAGACGGGAGACUCGUCUAGUUGGACUCAGGGAGCGGCAUACUGCCACCUCACCUUCAUCCUCAAAUACAUCAGCCUGUAUGGGGGAAUCUUCUUCCUGGUGUGCAUUGCCGUGGACCGUUACUUUGCCGUGGUGCACCCGCUCUCCUCCACACGCCGCCGGCUGCGGGUCGCACGGCUGGUCAGUGGGGGGAUCUGGUGCCUGGUGCUGGUGCUCAGUGUGAGUCUGCCUCUGCUGCACUUGGCAGCCACUCGCCCACACCAGCCCUGUCUGCCCGACCCGUCCUCGCAACGCCAUCGCACCGUCAUCCUGGUAUCCCUGGGCUUAGUCCUGGGGUCAUUCCUGCUGCCCGCUUUGCUGCUCCUCUGCAGCUACUGCAGAGUGCUGAGCGUGCUUCGCAAGCCGAGACACCGCCAGCGCCGCAGCCGUCGGCACACGCUCACGAUUAUUUACUGGGUGCUCGGCAUCUUCCUGCUGUGCUUCGUCCCCUAUCACAUCAACCUGCUGGGAUACACGCUCACACAUGUGGGGCUGCUGCACCAUUGUGGUCUGGCCAAGGUGACCAAGGCUGUGCACCCCGUGGUGUUAUUACUCGCUAGCUCCAAUUGCUGCCUCAACCCACUUGUCUACUAUUUCUCCAGCAGCCUGGUGCACAAGGAGGCACUCGGUUGCGGAGGCAGUGGCAGCCAGUGACAGUGUUUCUAUAUCAUUAUCUUGAGAGCACUAGACUAGGCUAUUGAACUUUGUGUAUUCGUUUAAAGUAUCCCAUAACACAUUGUGGUGGCUGGGGCGUAGUUAGGCUCAGCGGCGGAGGGGAGUGGCUCAGGGAACAGGUGCCAGUAA